AUGUCAACCUUUACUCUUCCUAAUAUCACACCUCCUGUGACCGUCCAGUUGGCUCCGGAUGUAACUGAGAGCCAACUUCUUUCCUUUCCUGCAUUCAAGAUCUGGCUCUCGACUCUGCAACACUCACUCUUCCUGCAGGGGAGCGCAAAGCAUGAAUUCAAUUCUGCGCCAUAUGCACUUCGGAAAAUUGAAAUACAAGCGGUCGACUUCUUUGGUCGGGGCCGUUUAGGCUUCGUGAAGCUACGAGCUGACGUCUCGAAUGACAGUGGGGAGAAGCUCCCCGGGAGCGUGUUCCUCAGAGGCGGGAGUGUAGGGAUACUGCUUAUCCUCCAACCUGACGACAUUCCACCCGACUCCGACGCGGAGAAACGCGUGAUAUUGACCAUCCAACCCCGCAUUCCCGCUGGAUCGCUUGCCUUCCCAGAAAUCCCCGCCGGUAUGCUCGAUGAUAGCGGGACAUUCUCUGGCGGAGCGGCAAAGGAGAUCCAAGAAGAAACGGGCCUCUCCAUUCAACAAGACGAGCUGCUCGACAUGACCGCCCUCACUCUCGGUCCCACGACUCGAGAACCUACAAUUCCGGAGAAUGAAGUCAAGGAAAAGCUGCAGGUUGGUGUGUACCCAUCGCCUGGAGGAAGCGAUGAGUUCAUUCCCCUAUUUUUAUGCCAGAAGCGCAUGAAAAGGGUUGAAAUAGACCAACUGCAGGGCCAGUUGACGGGACUGAGAAAGGAAGGCGAGAAAAUUACGCUGAAAUUGGUACCGCUGGAACAGCUGUGGAAAGAGGGUGCGCAGGACGGCAAGUCGUUGGCUGCUUGGGCCCUCUACAACGGCUUGAAAUCUGAGGGGAGGAUAUAAAAGGUCAGAGGCAUCUCGAAGACUCAUGCAUGCCAAAAGAAGCUUGAUUGGUGUCAUCAUCCUAUCGAAUCUAUCUAUCAUCUAUGAACAGUCGG